GCUCAAGUGGCGGUUCCGCAUUCGAAAAGGCAGAAGUACAUUAGCUGAAAGCGUCGGACUGUAGUUUUGUGGUUUCUAGGUUGAAAACUCACAAUCAGUACAGGACUCAAAGCUUGAGGCUUAUAAUGACAGACGGGAGAUCCUGCAAAGUGUGUAACUUCACACGGCAGAAAUCAUACGGAGUGGUUGUUCCCACGUUGGAUGAUCUGAAGAAAAAAGGAUGUGAGUUUCUGGGAGUGAACCCCUCAGACCCGGUCACUGUGGUCCUUGAGGGUGAUGGGACCAUAGUAGAGGAUCAAGCCUACUUUUUGUGUUUGCCUUUUAACACCAUGUUCAUGCUGCUGCAUGACAAAGAAACGUGGGCUCCAGCUCGCAAGAUUGAUGGCGGCACGGCUUGGAUGGCGAGAGAGUCUGUGGUUCUGGAAACUGAUGUCGUAGACUCCAACGUUAUUGAGGCGCCGUGGUGGAAUCUGGCGCUGCAGCUGAAGCAAGACCUGACCAGUAUCAUUCUCAUGUCUGAGGGAGACCUACAGUCUUUAGUAGAGGCGCCGUGCUCUGAACUAGCCUCUGCCCUGGGCUUCCAAGAGAAGAAGGCAGAGGAACUUCAGGAGACGCUGCAGAGGGUUUUAGAUCGCAGAGAGGAGGAAAGGCAGUCCAAAGAGCUGCUCCAGUUAUACCUCAAAGCUGUGGAGAACGAGGACAGACAGCAGGGAGCCACAAGUCCUUCUAGUCAGGACGGUGCUGGAGAUGUGGAUAUGCCGGACGGAUUGGAGGUGGAUUCUUCGUCCGAGUUCAUGUCCAGGACACUGAUGGUCCUGAAAGGCAAAACCAGCCCAGAGACCAGACUCUCCACUGAGGAUUUGCAGGCUGUAGUGAGCAGAGGGCUGGAAGCCAUGCAGCAGGUGCUGGGUUGGGACACAGGCAGGACCGCCGCGCUGCUGCAGGCCUGCAAAGCGGAGCUGUCGACGCGCCUGCAGCAGAUUCAGGCCAUGCAGUCCAUCAGCGGCACGCAGCAGGACAGCAGCAAACACAGGGAGGGGGCGGGAACAGCGACCCAAGGCAGCAGCUAGGUUUGACCGAGCAGAGACUGAUAAGGAUUCACACUAACCUGCCUCGAGGUCAGGAGAAUGGGAUUUGCUCUGUGUUGCUGUUUAUGUAGCUACAGCUAAAAAUGUUGAAGAUGUGGAUCUCUGCGUGGUUUUGAGAACGCUGAGAAAGCUGGUGAAGUUGGUCUGGAGAGCGCCUGGCCUGAUUUGCACAAAUGUGUUCAGUUUGAAUAUGUUUAACCACUUUUUGAUUUCCAUAUUUGGGUUAUGUUGGGAUGAUAGCUACAGACAAACAUAUGCUUAUGAAUAUUAACAUGCUAGCUCCCAGUUGUCUUAUAUAUAAAGAUGUAAUGGAGGCAAGCGUGGUUUUGCUGAAAGUUAAUGUCAUCCAGUACUUCGAGAGCUAAAGGUGCCACAAUAAAUAAAUACUUACAUAUUUAUUUAUAUGUGGCAAUUAAAAAAUAUUGGUAUUGUAUUCAUCAAAUAGUUACUCAUCAUUACGGAAAUAUUUGUAAUUCUUAAAAUACACAAUUAUAUCUGCUAAUCUUCCUUUUAAAGUUGAAUUCAAUGGUAAAAGCUUAUAAUAAUUAUUGUAGUAUUUAUAUAAUUAUCUCAUAGUCCUGAAUUGCAGCACAUGGUGUUUUUUGUUGUUGUUUUUUUAAACUUGUGAGCCAUACUCAUUAAAUCGGUGGCCUGGACUAACUCAGCUACAGGCAAAGUGAUUGGCCUGAUGUCCAUUAACCAAUCUAGCAUCAGAGUAUGAUUCCCACAUUGGGGUAUUUUUUUGUUUUGUUUUUUUGUUUUUCUAGCAAAAGACAAACAUCUUUAGCUUGAUGUUUGUCUAAGCCAAAGUGACUGUUUACAUUACUUCAUGAUGGGCCGUAGAUAAGGGAACUAUGAAAUAAUUAAAUAAAUAUUGAAGUACUUAAAAGUUUAACAUACAAGGAAUUUAAACUCUAAUUAAUGAUUUCUGUUUUAUGUUUUUCGUAUUUAAAACCUUACUGGCAGAUAAAUAUUAACAUUUUAUUUAAAGUAUCACGUGUACAAGUUUGACGAGUCAUUUUCUGGAUUGUGGCACCUUCAGCCCCCCCACAUUUAAAGCAAACUAAUCAAUACCUUAGUUGUUUCGGAACCUCUUCGUAUUGUCCACUAGAUGGCACUGAACAUGGUUUCUGCAGGGUACCAAAACAUUUAAUAACAUAAAUAAAAUUAAAAAAAACUGUACAGAUUUCCCAUACUAGCUUUUAAAUUUGCAUUAGUUUAUAUAACAGAUUUGUUUACUCAUUCAUUUUUAGUUUUUAUUUUUUGCUUCUGAAAACAGUUAUUGUAACGUCAUCCACUACUAGCUCGUUUUUUUUCUGUGAAUAACAAAUGUUUACUUGAUGUUUGGUUAGGAAACAGAGCUUUUAAUAACUGUAUAAAACCUCUGGUCAGUUGCUGUUUUAGGUUUACUGUAUGCAGUAAGCCUUGGUGUAAAAGUAUUGUAGUCAUCUUCCUAGGGAAAAAAAACCCAACAAGUUUCAGCUUGGUUAUCUUGCCAAGCUAAGUGAGCGCCGUUAUUUAUUAAUUCGGAUUAAAUCAUUUCUUGCUAUUCAUGCUUGUCCUAAAUGUGAAUAAUAUUGGUCUGAAAAAUGUUCUAAAAAGGUUUAUACUUUACUUUUUGACACUCACAGGUACCCUUAAAUAUGUCACUGUUUAACAAUAAAUCUAGAAAUUGUGUUUUGUAAUCUUGAGUUUUCUGGUGUUCACUUUCUGCUUUCAGUUGUAUUAGAUAUACAAUUAGCUGGUGAAUUUUGUUAGUGUUUUACCUAAAAACUGCUUUGCCUUGUCUAUUCUCUAAGUUAGGCUAGUUGCAGUUAGCUUCAUAGAUAGUAAUCAGUUGCUAAACUGUUCAUAUAAAUAAAUAUAAUUUCUUCCCAGAGAUGGACAAAGUGCUCCUCUGAGUUUGUCAAAUUUCUCCUUUUUAAAUCUGCCAAUUACUAUAUUUCGAACACCUCCAUUAAUGAUGACAAAUAUGCUCUAUGUUUCAUCAGAUGCAGCAUUUUAGCAGAGUAGAAAAAAGGGAUUUGAAUGAGCUAAAGGAGCCAUUUCAAGGCCAAUCAAAUGGCAUCAUUUAGUUUGUUUGGGGAACAAUUUUUAUGUGUUCGCAAUGAUGUGCUCAAAAAUCCAGGGCAACUUUUACAAAACUUAAAGCAUCAAUCAGAUGCCAUUUGCUACAUACAAAUUUCUUUAGUCAGAUUUCUUACUUAUCAGUUAAAAAGGAGUUGUUUUCUUUUCUUUCUUACAGCAAAUUCUAUCUGAAAAAUAUAAACAGCCUUCUGCCUGAGCAGACUCGUACGACACUGCCAGAAACCAGAUAACACUACCAGAUUAACACGUUAUCUAUGUACUGUGGAUGAUUUAAGUGUACAUCUUGCAUACAAUCCCGACAGUCAUGUGUUGGUCUGAUGAAUGUGUGAUGUAAGACUGUGUGUGUUGGUCCGUGUGACAUGAACAUGCAGUAGGUUCUCUGUUGUGUCCUCUUAUCUCUGGAACACCGAACAGAAUCAAUGGUCUUAUUUUUACUUAUGUAAUUUGUGUUUUUUAUAAUACAGACAAACCGUGCUCCAUUCCCAACUGUCCUAGCGUAUUAGUGAGUAUUGUGUCUUUGCGAAAACAGCUGAGCUUUGGUGUGAAGCGGACCCAUUGCUUUUUCAUGAAUAGUUUUUAAGCAGAUUGUUCUCCAGGAUACAUCAAGGUGUAACGUCUGUAUAAUAUGAUGCAACGGCGAACUUUUAACAUGUCUUUUGGUAAAUAAAUGUGUCUAAAGUUUU